AGCCCUGGAUUGGAUCGUGCAAGUAACAUAAAAGUAAUGCCAAUGGAGACAGGUUGUAUGGCAGAUCCCAACCUCUCCAUGUUACAUCUUCAGAUAUUCCCUUCUUUAUAUAUUAUCUCAAUCAUAUAAAUCUUAUAUAAUUCUCAUUUCAUUUCAUCUCAUCCUUACAUUGAACCUACAAAACAAUGUGUACCUCUCAGGCUAAGGUCACAAUUGGCAUCGAGAUGACUCCAUCCAUGCCCAAUAUCAAUGGCCGCCCGGUGCUUCAGCCAUCAUGCAACCGUGUUCCGACCUUAAAUAGGCGUAAUUCUUUCAAGAAUAAUUCACCUCCGCCCCCGCCACCAACGCCACCAACUAUUCCAAACUCAAAGUCGCCGAGGCUUCCGGCUACUAAGAGAGGAAGUGAUCCUAAUGGCUUGAAUUCAAGUUCUGAAAAGGUGGCAAUUCCAUCAACAACGCGUCGUCUAGAGAGGAAGAAGUCGAAAAGUUUUAAAGAAACUGUAUUACUCUCUUCUUCAUUGAGUUAUUCUUCGUCUUUGUUCGUCGAGUCACCGGGGAGUUUUGCCGAGGUGAGAAGACAAGAAAUGGCAGUUGAGCAUGCACAAAGAAAGAUGAGAACUGCUCAUUAUGGAAGAUCCAAGUCUGCCAAGUUUGAACCUAAUCUUACCAAAUCUGAUGAACAACAAGAAAAGAGAUCAUGCACCUUCAUUACGCCCAACUCUGAUCCCAUCUAUGUUGCUUACCAUGAUGAUGAGUGGGGAGUUCCUGUCCAUAAUGACCAGUUGUUGUUUGAAUUACUAGUUCUCAGCGGUGCUCAAGUUGGUUCAGACUGGACUUCAAUCUUAAGAAAACGCCAGCAUUUUAGGGACGCAUUUUCAGGAUUUGAUGCAGAAAUUGUGGCUAACAUCACUGAAAAGCAAAUGAUAUCAAUCAGUGUAGAAUAUGAGAUUGAUAUAACCAAAAUUCGAGGCAUUGUGGACAACUCUAACAGAAUUCUUCAGAUUAAAAAGGAAUUUGGAUCAUUUGAGAAGUACAUAUGGGGAUUUGUAAACAACAAGCCUAUCUCAACCAACUACAAAUUCGGGCACAAGAUUGCAGCGAAGACUUCAAAAUCAGAGGCUAUAAGUAAAGACAUGAUCAAACGAGGGUUUAAAUUGGUUGGUCCGACCAUGGUUCACUCAUUCAUGCAAGCCGCUGGCUUGACCAAUGAUCACUUGAUCACUUGCCACAGGCACAUACCAUGCACCCUAUUGGCUGCACACCGCCCGACCGAACCACAAGCUCCGUAAUGGAAUCACUAAUAAUAAAGCCAUAAUGAAUUAAUCUCUUUUAAUUUCAGAAACUAAAGGAGAUUAGUUCAUUAUGGCCUAUAAUUCAAAUGAUAUAAAUGUUAGAUAGCAAAUUGAUAGGUUGUGAGUUCGAUUUUUCCUACAAACACUCCCUUUUCAAUUAUAAAAAAAAAAAUUGUGAAAAAUAAUUUAAAAAGGGUUUGAUUUUUUUGGUUCUUUUUUUUAUGCUAGUUUGUGUUGAUUUAGGCCAGAGUGUUAAUUAAUUUACGGGAUAAUUAUUAUAAUCCUGAAAUUAGCAUUGUGACAGGCAGCAUGUGCAAUUGGGAGGCAAUGCCAUGUGUCUGUGUCAGCUUUAUUUUUUAUUAUUCUUACUUGUCAAACUUGCAUUAUUUGGAUUACCUUUGAAAGAUGCUUGCAGUUGCAGAGGAGAAAAUGGGACCACCUAUUCAACUUGUAAAUUGUAAUCAUUCUCCUCUCUCUUUUACUUUGGAUUUGAGUUGUAAAUUUGUAAUCUUAAUUUUACUCUCCUUUUUCUGACCUUUCGUGGGGAAUACUACAACCCCCAAUGGAAAUUGUAAUUUGGAUGUGGUUAAUUUGAAUUAUUUUUACAAAUAUACAUUUUA